GAUUGGCUCCUGUGGCGUGAGGUCGGGGGCGGGGCUCCAUAAGCGGAAGUAGGGCAAAAGUCACUGUGCAGUGCAAGUUUACCAAGAUCCGAGGAUAUUCAGACCGAUAGAUCCCGAGAAUCUGACGCUGUAACAGAUUAUCUGAAUUAUCACAAUCUAAAGAUGUCUUUGACGUUUGAUGGCAGAGUUGUGCUCGUGACAGGAGCUGGAGGAGGUUUGGGGAGAGAAUACGCGCUGGCGUUUGGAGAGAGGGGUGCAGCGGUCAUCGUCAAUGAUUUGGGAGGAGACAUUAAAGGAGGUGGCAAGAGCUCCGCGGCGGCUGAUCGGGUGGUCGAGGAGAUCAAAGCUAAAGGAGGAAAAGCGGUGGCCAACUACGAUUCAGUAGAAGAUGGCGAGAAGCUCAUUCAGACAGCUUUGGAUGCGUUUGGACGAAUAGAUAUUGUAAUAAACAAUGCUGGGAUUCUGCGCGAUCGGUCAUUCGGCAGAACAAGCGAUCUGGAUUGGGAUCUGAUUCAUCGAGUUCAUCUGAGAGGAUCUUUCCUGGUCACACGAGCUGCCUGGAAUCACAUGAAGAACCAGAAAUUCGGGAGAAUCAUCAUGACAUCAUCAGCAGCUGGUAUCUAUGGUAACUUUGGACAGGCGAACUACAGCGCCGCUAAGCUGGGUGCACUUGGCCUGUCGAACACGCUGGCCAUCGAGGGCCAGAAAUACAACAUCCACUGUAACACGAUCGCCCCGACCGCAGGAUCUCGCCUCACGCAGACCGUCAUGCCUCCUGAUCUCUUGGAGUCGUUGAAAGCUGAAUACGUGGCUCCGCUCGUUCUCUGGUUGUGUCACGAGGACUGUCAGGAGAACGGGAGUCUUUUCGAGGUUGGAGCCGGGUGGAUCGGUAAAUUACGGUGGGAGAGGAGUCUGGGCCGAAUCGUACGACAGAAGAAUCUCAGCAUGACGCCGGAGGCCGUACGAGAUACGUGGAAUGAAAUCUGUGACUUCACCGAUGCCGGCAAACCUUCCAGCAUUCAGGAGUCACUGCAGACGCUGGUGGACGUUCUGUCAAGAGUCGACACUGAAGAUGGAAUUAAAGCCAAUCCCACCAGCGCUGCGGUCCGGAUCAAUCCUUCAGAUGCUGUUGGUCGAUCUCUAUCAGAGAUGAGCUUUACGUACACACACAUGAACACAAUCCUGUACGCUCUCGGGGUGGGCAUGUCUACUAAAGAGCCCGAUCACCUUAAAUUCCUCUUUGAGGGUCACGAGAACUUCAGCUGUCUGCCCACGUUUGGAGUGAUCCCGGCCCAGGGCUCCAUGAUGGGACUGGGCAGCGUUCCAGGACUCGACAUCGAUUUCACCAGGCUGCUGCAUGGUGAACAAUACCUGGAGCUGUUUAAACCUCUGCCUACUUCAGGGACUCUGACGUCUAAGACGACGGUGGCAGAUGUUUUGGAUAAAGGAUCCGGCAUGAUUAUUCUGCUGGAUGUUCAUACGUACAGCGGACAGGAGCUGGUGUGUUAUAAUCAGUUCUCGGUGUUUAUCGUGGGAGCCGGAGGAUUCGGGGGGAAACGGACGUCAGAAAGGGCUGUGGCUACAGCUCCUCCUCCCAACAGACCACCAGACGCUGUGACAGUAGACCAAACCUCCAAAGAUCAAGCAGCGCUGUACAGACUGAGUGGCGACUGGAAUCCACUUCACAUUGACCCCAGCUUCGCUGCCAUGGGAGGGUUUAAAUCUCCCAUUCUUCACGGUCUCUGUUCAUUCGGCUUCGCCACCCGGCACGUUCUGAAGCAGUACGCAGAUAAUGACGUUUCCAGAUUCAAAUCCAUCAAGGUCCGCUUUGUGAAGCCCGUGUAUCCGGGACAAUCUCUGCAGACUGAAAUGUGGAAAGAAGGAAACAGGAUUCACAUUCAGUGUAAGGUCAAGGAAACAGGAGGCGUCGUGCUGUCUGGAGCGUACAUAGAUUUACACGCAGACUCAUCUGUCAGCCGCGGGCCGCCGGAGAAGGAAGAACUUCAGAGUGAUCUGGUGUUUGCUGAGAUCGAACGCAGAAUCAAAGAUGUCGGUGGUGAGCUGGUGAAGAAGGUCAAUGCCGUGUUCGGGUGGGAAAUCACUAAAGAUGGAGAAACAGUCAGACAGUGGACUAUGGAUCUAAAGUCAGGACGUGGAGAUCUUCACAGAGGAGCAUACAAAGGCAAAACUGAUGUGACCUUCACUGUGCCUGAUGAGAUCUUCAUGGAGGUGGUGAAGGGGAAACUCAACCCUCAGAAGGCGUUUUUCGCUGGUAAGCUGAAAGUCCGAGGGAAUAUAAUGUUGAGCCAGAAGCUGGAGACGAUCCUGAAGGACUAUGCCAAGCUGUGAAGAUCUGUCUGAGAAACACUCAGGAGUUUAUGGAUUAGAGAAAUCUAAACACAUUCAAUCCUGAUGAGUUCUCUCUCUACGACAUAAUUAAUGAUUAAGAUUUCAGUUUAUCUCCUAAUUCUGUGUUUUAUUCAGAUUUAAGGUGUUGAUCUGGAUUUUGUAUCUUCACACAUUUAAUAUCAAACUUGUACAUUAAUUGUAAUCUUGUGAAUGCUAACGGUUAGUGCUGCAUAACGAAUAAUUGCAACUAAUUGUUUGCAGAAUAAAAGUUUUUGUUUACAUCAUAUAA